AAAAAAAAUAAAAAAUAAAAUAUAUUUACACCCCCUUUUAAAUUACUACGCAAAUGGCAGAAGAAACAUAUGGUGCCAUUCAAUUUGGCGAAUUUCGAAAAUACAUGAACAAUAAGCAAGCGAAGUUGAAGAACCAACAACAAGAAUUGAAAAAUUUAGCUAGUCAAGAAAGGGCACCAUUGUUUAAAGGGCUUUCAAUUCAUAUCAAUGGCUAUACGAAUCCACCCAACAGUGAAUUACGUCGAUUGAUAUUGGAAUAUGGAGGAGACUAUCAGCAUUACUUGAAAAAAUCCAGUGUGACCCAUAUUAUUGCCACGAAUUUAACAAAUUCGAAAAUGAAGGAGUUUCGAUUAUACAAGGUAGUGAAGCCAGAAUGGAUCACGGAAAGCAUUGAAGCAGAACGCCUUUUACCUUGGCAACCGUAUCGAUUAGUGAUUAGCGGACAAGCGUUAAAUCAAGACAUUUUAUCCAACCAAUGGGCAAGGUCCACCUCAACUGUCAAUCCGCAAUUUAUUAAACGGUACUACGAGACCUCUCGUUUACAUUACUUGUCUGUAUGGAAAGGUGAAUUAAAAGACAUUGUGGACAAAUUACAAGAAAAAUAUCCAGCUAAAACAACACCCCAUGGACCUCGUGUCAUUAUGCACAUUGAUUUUGAUUGCUUCUUUGCGUCGGUGGGAAUUAAGGAUCGACCUCAUUUACGAGAUCAACCUGUAGCUGUAUCGCAUGGUUCUGGUAAAGAUUCAUCCAGUGAUAUUGCAUCGUGUAAUUAUGUGGCUCGAUCUUUUGGUAUACACAAUGGAAUGACUAUUGGAACCGCGAUGGGACUUUGUCCAAACCUUCAAGUCAUACCAUAUGAAUUUGAAAAAUAUCGAUCCAUUUCUGAAAUUUUUUAUGAGAUUGUGUUCCAACAUGCACUUGAAAUGCAAGCAGUGAGCGUGGACGAGGCUUUAUUAGAAAUCGAGGGAAAUGGUCAAGAAGAGCAUGUGGCUACUACGAUGAGAAAUGAAAUAAGACAAGCGACUGGAUGUGAAGCAAGUAUUGGUAUCGGUAAAAAUAUCUUAUUGGCGAGAUUGUCUACCAAGAAAGCAAAACCAGCUGGUCAAUUCUAUUGCAAAGAACAUGAUGUAGAGCCUUUACUAGCAGAAACAAGUGUUACGGAUUUACCUGGUGUAGGUUAUGCUAUAGCGGAGAAGCUCAAAGAAUUGGAUGUUCAAACUGUGUUGGAUGUGAGAAAAAUUCUGUUGACGGAUUUGCAAACAAAGUUAGGCGCAAAAAUGGGUCAAACCUUGUUCCAGUUCUCACGUGGGUUGGAUGAUCGUGUUUUGACUAGACACAAACAAAGACAAUCUGUUAGUGCGGAAGUGAAUUGGGGUGUACGCUUUGAAAAUGACUUGAAUGAAAAGGAAUUUGUACAAGGUCUAUCAAAAGAAGUAUCGGAUCGCUUAAUUAAACAUGGUUUGAAAGGCAAGACAGUAACCAUCAAGAUCCUAAAAAGAAAACACGAUGCGGUUGAAGCCUCGAAACAUUUGGGUCAUGGUCAAGUCGAUUCGUUUUCGAAAUCGACUAUGCUGAGUGAUUAUACAAAUGAUAGUCAUGUUAUUUUCAAGAGUAUUUAUCCCAUGCUAAAGGGCUUCCAGUUCUCUUGCUCGGAUAUUCGGGGAUUAGGUAUACAAAUAACAAGGCUAGAUAACGUCGUUUUGUCACCUGAUCAAGGUACUUUGAAAUUCAAGUCAGCUACUACAGCAGAAGCUACAUCGACAUCUUCCAGUAGCAGCAACACUAGGGAGAGGACCAAAGCAGAAAUGACGGUAGAUUAUAACGUAUACAAGGAGCUUCCAGACCUCAUGCAACAAGAGCUCGCAUCCAAUUAUACGCUUGUGUUUCAAAACAACGCACAGCCAGUAGAAGAGCUUCCUCCAUGGUCUCAGCUGGACCCCACUGCUUUACUGGCCUUGCCCAAAGAGAUGCAAGAGCAGGUUCUUCAAGCGUAUGGGAAUAAGCCAAGUCCCCCUUCUACUGUAGCCUUGCAAAUGGACGGUCUUGAUUAUGACGUAAAUGUCUGGAACGCUUUGCCGGAAGAUGUGCGCACAGAGCUAUUAGAAGAGCACCGUAGGAAUCGACCCACGGAGAAGAAGCCGAUAGAGAUAUUACCAGCUAUGGUUAGCCCACCUUCUUUACCAUUGCCGUCGGAGCCGGAAGGAGAACCCGCGUUAAAUGGAUGUACGGAUUUGAAAGAGAUACGUAGCUUAUUACGUGAUUGGGUAUCCCUGUAUGAAGAUGGGCCAGAACCAGAAGAUGUUGAGAAAGUCAUUGAUUUACUGACGGAUUUAAUCGAUGGCAGUGAUAUAGAAAAAGUGCGAUUGAUUGUGCUUUAUUUAGAUUAUUUGACAAGGAAAGAAAAGAAUUGGAAACAACAAAUGAAUACGGUCAAGGAAACAGUUCAGAGAUUAACAUGUUUAAAAUAUGGAUAUCCUUUAGCCUUUUAUUGAUGAAUAAAAAAAAAAGAAAUGUGUGUGUGUUUUUU